GAAGGGACAUCCUGAGGGAAGGGGAUCCUGAGGAGAGCGCGGCGCGUCCCGCCCAGGUUCCGAUGGAGGCGGCGGCGCCGCCGCCGCCCUGCCUGCAGCCUGCCAAAGCCAUCAAGCCCAUCGACCGUAAGUCCGUUCAUCGGAUCUGUUCGGGACAGGUUGUGCUGAAUCUCGGCACUGCCGUGAAAGAGUUGGUGGAAAACAGCCUGGAUGCUGGAGCUACCAGCAUUGAUAUAAAACUUAAAGAUCAUGGAGCAGAACUGAUUGAGGUUUCAGAUAAUGGAGGUGGAGUGGAAGAGGAAAACUUUGAAGGCUUGACUCUGAAACAUUAUACAUCAAAGAUACAAGAUUUUUCUGAUCUAACACAUGUUGAAACAUUUGGCUUUCGAGGUGAAGCUCUGAGUUCACUGUGUGCACUAAGUGAUGUUACCAUUUUUACCUGUCAUAAGUCUGCAAAGGUUGGGACUCGUUUGGUAUUCGAUCACAAUGGUAAAAUUACUCAGAAAACGCCUUUUCCACGACAACAAGGAACGACCGUAAACAUACAGCAGUUAUUUUAUACUUUGCCAGUGCGGCAUAAGGAAUUUCAAAGAAACAUUAAAAAGGAAUAUGCAAAAAUGGUCCAGCUAUUGCAGGCAUACUGUAUUGUUUCAAAAGGAGUGCGAAUUAACUGCACUAAUCAAGUUGGCCAAGGGAAAAAAAGCUCUGUGGUAUCCACUACUGGAAGCCCCAGUUUGAGGGAAAACAUUGGAGCAGUAUUUGGGCAAAAACAGUUGCAAAGCCUCAUUCCUUUUGUUCAGCUACCUCCUAACGAAGCUGUUUGUGAAGAAUAUGGACUCAACGCUACUGACAUGCCACAAAAUCUUUAUAGUAUUACAGGCUUCAUUUCUCGUUGUGAUCAUGGUGUCGGGAGGAGUACAACAGACAGACAGUAUUUCUUUAUCAACCAACGUCCGUGUGAUCCAGCAAAGGUUGUCAAGCUUGUGAAUGAAGUGUAUCACUUAUACAAUAAACACCAAUAUCCAUUUGUUGUCCUUAACAUUUGUGUAGAUUCUGAGUGUGUUGACAUCAAUGUUACUCCAGACAAAAGGCAAAUUUUGCUUCAGGAGGAAAAGCUUUUAUUAGCAAUUUUAAAAACUUCUCUGAUGGAGCUGUUUGGUAGUGAUGUUAACAAACUGAAUGUCAAUCAGAAACUUCUGGACAUUGCAGGCAACUUGAAGAAGACUUUUCCUGAAGAGACAGAAAAGCCUCAGGUAGAAAUGCUGCCUGACUGUGAGACUAAAAAUCCAAGUGGUGAAGGAAAAAGAAUAAUGACUCUUGCCAGAUUAAGGGAGUCAUUCUCUCUCCAUCAAACGACAGAGAGUAAUUUUCGAAGCCCUAAAACAGUAAAACAGCAGCACAGCUCCCUUAGACAAAUGUCACUUGAUACCACUUUGAGUACUGCAAAGACUCAAAAGGCUGCCUUGACUAAGGAGUCUGAGCAUUGUCGUAAGAUGGACUCAAAGAUGUCAACUCCAAGCAGAUAUUUGAGAAAAUUAGAAGAUAAUGUAGAUUCUGGAUUCUGUAGCACUUCUGAGUCAGAUGCUGGAUGUAGUACACCAGAAGCUGGGAGCUGCGUCAAUAGUGAAAGUGUAAUUAAUCCUCCUGAAGAAGAAUUCUGUAGCUCAGAACAACUUCAAAAUGAAUAUCCCAAAACUGUUAGAUGUAGUGAGAAAUCAUUGGAAUGCGAUGUUCAGGUCUUGGGUGCUGAACAUAAGUUAAAUCAAGUGAAUGACUGUACUAAACAAGAUAAGUCAUCUCAAAAAGCCAGUAGUUCUUCCUCAAGAGUAAAAUGUUUUAAAAGCAGAAGCUUUAAAAGUGAAGCAGAUGACUUCAAGGCAGAUAAAUGUCCUGAAGUGAAGAAUACUAGGAACUAUAUGCCAAGUGUUGAUGUGCUGGUGGAAGUUAAAAAGAAAACUGUGCCGCUUGAAUUCUCUAUGAAGGUUUUAGCAGAAAAGGUGAAAAAAGUAAUACAGCAACAACAGAAAAGUACAGAAACACAAAAUUACAGAAGAUUCAAAGCAAAAAUUAGUCCUGGAGAAAAUAAAGUAGCAGAAGAUGAAUUAAGAAAAGAGAUCAGUAAAGAAAUGUUUGCAAAAAUGGAAAUAAUUGGCCAGUUCAAUUUAGGGUUUAUAAUAGUCAAGUUGAAUUCUGAUCUUUUCAUAAUUGACCAACAUGCUACUGAUGAGAAAUACAACUUUGAGAUGCUACAACAACACACUGUUCUUCAAGGUCAGAAGCUGAUAGUGCCUCAAAAUCUCAAUUUAACAGCUGUAAAUGAAACUGUAUUGAUUGAAAACCUGGAAAUAUUCAGAAAAAAUGGGUUUGAUUUUGUCAUAAAUGAAAAUGCUCCCGUAACUCAAAGAGUUAAAUUAAUAUCGUUGCCGACAAGCAAAAACUGGACUUUUGGUCCACAAGACAUAGAUGAGCUGAUCUUCAUGUUAAGUGACUGCCCCGGAGUCAUGUGUAGGCCCUCCAGGGUCAGACAGAUGUUUGCUUCUCGAGCUUGCAGAAAGUCUGUGAUGAUUGGAACAGCACUGAAUGUGCAGGAAAUGAGAAAACUGGUCACCCACAUGGGUGAGAUUGAGCAUCCCUGGAACUGCCCCCAUGGAAGGCCUACUAUGAGACACAUAGUCAGUUUAGACUUGAUUUCACCAGAAUAAGUCAGUUUCUGUUUGUUAACAGUUUUGAUUUUAAUUCUUGGUGAUAUUUUGAGCUUUUAUCAUGACUCUCUUAUUUUGAGUAUAAAAAUUUUAGCCCACUUCAAAUUUGAAGACAAUAACACUUAAAGGCAUUCAGCAGGGUUUUGUCAUUAUCUCUAUCAAGUCAACAAUAUCAACAUACUGGAAUUAAUGUGUAAAUAACAUUUAUUUUAUUGUGAUUUACUGUGUUUAUUAUUUUUGUAAUCAAGACUUUUAAAAAAUAAAUGUUUAUAUAUAAAGAUCCAGAGUAGGUGAAUGUCACUCAUAGCAAAUAUACUAAUUCUUAAAGUGGAAUGUGAAUUUAACACUCAAGUAAUGCCAUAAAACAAAUACUAACUUUCUAUGUUUAUACAUCCUGUAUACGAUAAUUUUAAAGAAAAUGUAAAUGA